AUGGCGCAGCCGCCGAUUUCGACGAAGGAGCGCAGCAAGUUUCAAAGAAAAACUAUAAGUAUAUUGAUCGGUGUCAUCUGGCUGUAUUCACUGCUCUGGGCAGUGUUUCCUCUUCUGGGAUGGGGAAGAUACGGACCGGAACCCUUCGGUUUGGCCUGUUCUGUGGACUGGGCCGGGUACCAGCACUCCUUAAAUGGCUCUUCGUUCAUUAUGGCUUUGGCCAUCCUGUGCACCCUGAUCCCAUGUGCGGUCAUCCUGUUCUCCUACACUGGCAUCGCCUGGAAGCUCCACAAGGCCUAUCAGUCCAUCCAGAGUAAUGAUAACCUGCCCAACUCUGGGGCAGUUGAGAGAAAAGUCACCCUGAUGGGCAUCCUGAUCAGUGCAGGCUUUAUUGUGUCCUGGGCGCCCUACAUAUUCAUCAGUCUCUGGACCAUGUUUCACUCUGAUGGCAAAGACAGCGUGGCGCCCAUUGUCAGCUUGCUACCUUGCCUUUUUGCAAAAUGCUCAACAGUUUACAACCCAUUUGUCUACUACAUUUUCCACAAAUCUUUCCGCAGAGAGCUUCGGCAGAUCUGGAUCUGCUGUUGCAGGGGUGCUGUGAGCAAAAUGACACUCUGUAGAGGAGCAGAGCGCUCAGAGAAAACUAGCAGGGCACAUGACACAGCAGAAGAGUGA